CUUCCUCUGCCUCUCAUCUCCGUCUCUCUCGUUGUCUCCGCCCAUCUCUGCUCUCUUUUAUUUUCCCAGAAAGUUUUAUUUUCUCCAAAGUUUUUUAAUCUCAUUGUUGACAAUGGCGACGGCUUUUGCUCCCACAAAGCUCACUGCCACGGUUCCUCUCCAUGGAUCUCAAGAGAAUCGUCUCUUGCUUCCGAUCCGAUUGGCUCCUCUUUCUUCUUCUUCUUUCCUCGGAUCCACCCGUUCCCUCACCGUUAAUUCUCCUCGCAGACUCAAUCACUCCAACGCCACCCGUCGAUCUCCCGUCGUCGCUGUCCAGGAAGUUGUCAAGGAGAAGCAAUCCACCAAUAAUAGCCUGUUGAUAACCAAAGAGGAAGGAUUGGAGUUAUAUGAAGAUAUGAUACUAGGUAGAUCUUUCGAAGACAUGUGUGCUCAAAUGUAUUACAGAGGGAAAAUGUUUGGUUUUGUUCACUUGUACAAUGGCCAAGAAGCUGUUUCUACUGGCUUUAUCAAGCUCCUUACCAAGAGUGAUUCAGUGGUUAGUACUUACCGUGAUCAUGUCCAUGCGCUCAGCAAAGGUGUCUCUGCUCGUGCUGUUAUGAGUGAGCUCUUCGGGAAGGUUACGGGAUGCUGCAGAGGUCAAGGUGGAUCCAUGCACAUGUUCUCUAAGGAGCACAACAUGCUUGGUGGGUUUGCUUUUAUUGGUGAAGGGAUUCCAGUGGCCACUGGUGCUGCUUUUAGCUCUAAGUACAGGAGGGAAGUCUUGAAACAGGAUUGUGAAGAUGUCACUGUCGCGUUUUUUGGAGAUGGAACUUGUAAUAAUGGACAGUUCUACGAAUGUCUGAACAUGGCUGCUCUGUAUAAACUGCCUAUUAUCUUUGUUGUGGAGAAUAACUUGUGGGCGAUUGGAAUGUCUCACUUGAGAGCUACUUCUGACCCCGAGAUAUGGAAGAAAGGUCCUGCUUUUGGGAUGCCGGGUGUUCAUGUUGACGGUAUGGAUGUGUUGAAGGUGAGGGAAGUGGCUAAAGAGGCAGUCACUAGAGCUAGAAGAGGAGAAGGUCCAACCUUGGUUGAAUGUGAGACUUAUAGAUUCAGAGGACACUCCUUGGCUGAUCCUGAUGAGCUCCGUGAUGCUGCUGAGAAAGCCAAAUACGCGGCUAGAGACCCAAUCGUAGCACUGAAGAAGUAUUUGAUAGAGAACAAGCUUGCGAAGGAAGCAGAGCUAAAGUCAAUAGAGAAAAAGAUAGACGAGUUGGUGGAGGAAGCAGUUGAGUUUGCAGACGCAAGUCCACAGCCCGGCCGCAGUCAGUUGCUAGAGAAUGUGUUUGCUGAUCCAAAAGGAUUUGGAAUUGGACCUGAUGGACGGUACAGAUGUGAGGACCCCAAGUUUACUGAAGGAACAGCUCAAGUCUGAGAAGACAAGUUUAACCAUAAGCUGUCUACUGUCUUUGGCUUCUCUUUGAUGUUUCUAUAUAUCUUAUUAAGUUAAAUGCUACAGAGAAUCAGUUUGAAUCAUUUGAACUUUUUGCUUCUCUUUUUUUGUGUUGGGUGUUACUAAAUCAUCACAAGGUUCUUCUUAUUAGUUCGUUGGUUUUCAUUGGUUAUCAGAGAAAAUUGUCUUAAAAAAGAUAAAUGUUUUAUACUAUGUUCGUUCUUUUGUU